UAUUCAAACAAGAGGAGAUUAAUAACUUGAAUAGAAUGGAGCCACACUUUCUAGCGAUUUUUAUGAUAGCUCUUUCAUUUCCACACUUUGUUCAAUCCUCGGUGCGUCAUUACAAUUUUAGUGUGGUAUUGAAGAAUGAAACAAAGCUUUGUUCAACAAAAUCUUUUGUCACGGUAAAUGGAAAAUUCCCAGGGCCAACUUUGUAUGCAAGAGAGGAUGACACUCUAAUAGUAAAGGUCACUAACCAUGUUAAACAUGAAGUUACAAUCCAUUGGCAUGGAAUCAAACAGCUUUGGACUUGUUGGUCUGAUGGGCCAGCAUAUGUCACACAAUGCCCUAUUAAGACAGGACAAAGCUUUGUCUACAACUUUACCCUCACAGGUCAAAGAGGCACACUUCUAUGGCAUGCACAUAUCACUUGGCUAAGGGCCACAGUGCAUGGUGCUAUUGUCAUUUUGCCUAAAAGAGGCAUUCCUUAUCCAUUUCCUAAACCUGACAAAGAAAAGAUAAUCAUUCUAGGUGAAUGGUGGAAAUCAGAUGUUGAAGCAGUGGUUAAUCAGGCCACAAAUUCUGGUCUGCCACCAAAUAUUUCAGAUGCUCAUACCAUCAACGGUUAUCCAGGACCGGCUCCCGGUUGCAUUUCCCAGGGUUACACUCUACACGUUGAAAGCGGCAAGACCUAUCUCCUACGCAUCAUAAACGCAGCUUUGAACGACGAACUAUUCUUCAAAAUCGCAGACCAUAAACUAACAGUUGUUGAAGCAGAUGCAUCAUAUCUCAAACCUUUCGAAACAGACACAAUAUUUCUAAGUCCAGGUCAAACCACAAACGUUCUUCUAACCGCUAACAAACUUUUCGGCAAAUACUUAAUAGCAACAACUCCUUUCAUGGACGCACCAAUCGGCUUUGACAAUCUUUCUUCAACUGCUACACUUCACUACAAAGGAACACCGCCUUAUACCAAAACAAUCUUAACAAACAUUCCUCCCCUUAAUGCAACUCCAAUAACAAAAACCUUCACAGAUUCUCUCAGAAGCAUUAACUCAAACACCUACCCUACAAAAGUUUCAUCAACCAUUGAUCACUCCCUUCUAUUUGCUAUAACAGUUGGGCUUAACCCAUGUGAUAAAUGCACCAAUGGCAACAAGCUUGUAUCUGCUAUUAACAACAUUACAUUUCUCAUGCCUACUAUAUCACUUCUUCAAGCACAUUACUACAAUAUCAAAGGAGUUUUCACAGACGAUUUUCCUGCGAAUCCGCCUAUGGUUUUCGAUUACACCGGAACAAAUCAACCUGAUAAUCUUCAUACCGAGAACGGUACAAGAGUUUACAGACUGAAUUUCAAUUCAAGUGUUGAAGUUGUUCUUCAAGGCACUGCAAUGAUGGCACCGGAAAAUCAUCCGUUUCAUUUGCAUGGCUAUAAUUUCUUUGUUGUUGGACAAGGUUUAGGAAAUUUUGACCCUGAUAAGGAUCCUCUAGGGUUUAAUCUUGUUGAUCCAGUUGAAAGAAACACAUUGUCAGUGCCAAAUAAUGGUUGGGUUGCAAUCAGAUUCAGAGCAGAUAAUCCAGGUGUUUGGUUUCUGCAUUGCCAUUUAGAAGUGCAUACAACAUGGGGACUUAAGAUGGCAUUUAUAGUAGACAAUGGGAGAGGUUUCAAUGAGUCUAUACUUCCACCACCAAAAGAUCUUCCAAAGUGCUAGGGUUUCUGAUGCAGAAGAAACUAUAUGCAAUAGAUAGAUGAUUUCAGAGCAUGUUUGGGAGAUAUUAAAUUGUUUAAUUUGUAUUUGUAGUAGAAAGCAAUAAAAAAAAAUUGUUGCACAAAGCAAUGCAAUUUGGGUUGUUUGUAUUUUGAAGUUUAGGAUAAGAUAGGUGAUUUUUGUGUUGAUUGAUGUUUGUAUUUUGAAGUUUAGGAUAAGAUAGGUGAUUUUUGUGUUGAUUGAACUUUAUGAGUUUGAAUUUUCAGUUACUACAAUGUGUGUGGUUGCCUAAGAAUGCCAUAAAUAUGGGGGAAGAAAAAAGUUAUCGCGCCAGAUAGGGGUCGAACCUACGACCUUCUGCUUAGGAAAGCAACGCUCUAUCCACUGAGCUACAGGCGCUUGGUUGUUAGUCAUUUCCUUCAUUGUUUAAUUAUUAUCAUAAAAGAAUUCACAUGCAAAUCAAAACAUG